AUGCCCAACACGCGUGUAUACGUAGCCACUAGCGGUUUUUCAGUCGUCCACUUUUGUCGAGGCGAAUCGCUCGACCUUGGAUUGUAUUGGAUUGUACAGGCCGGUCCACUAAACUCGCUCUAUACCUUAUCCCAAAUUAGAGAUAGAUGGUACAACUAUACACUUAUCUCGACGCAUGCACCAACCGAAGAUAAGGAUGAAGAAGUCAAAGACGAGUACUACGAACAACUGGAGCAAACCAUAAGUGCGGUACCUAAACAGGACAUGUUAAUCAUUCUGGGAGACCUUAAUGCCAAGGUUGGAAGAGAAGAAGCGUUUAGACCACAUAUUGGAAGACAUAGUCUCCAUGAGCUAUCAAACGACAACGGCCAACGACUGAUCAACUUAGCAGCGGCUAAUAACCUGAGGAUUGCCUCGACAAUGUUCCCACACAAGAACAUCCACAAAGAGACAUGGAUAUCCAAUGAUCGGAAAACGCGAAACCAAAUAGAUCAUGUAAUAGCAAACGCGAGACACGUUAGGAGCAUCAUAGAUGUGAAGAGCCAAAGAGGGGCGGAUGCAGGAACAGAUCACUUUCUGGUGCGGGUAAAGGUUCGAUCAAGGAUUAAAAAAACCAUAACAAGUCAAGAAACAUCAGCACUAAAAAGGUGGAACACAGAUAAACUAAACCAGGAUGAAACAUGCAGACACGAAUACCAAAAAGAGCUGGAAACACAACUACAGAAAAAUGUCACCCAAGAGGCGUCGGAUGUAGAGGAGCACUGGAAACAGAUCAGAACAUCAGUAAUCAACGCUGCACAAAGAGCCUUAGGCGAGAACACAAAGAAUAGAAGAAGAAAAGACUGGUAUGAUGAAGAAAGCCAGAAGGCCUUAGAUACCAAAAACAAGGCCAGAAUUCAAAUGUUGCAGUGUCCAAGUGACGGAAACGUCCAAAGAUUCAACGACCUCAGAGUGGAGGCAAAAAGAAAGAUAAGAAGGAAAAAAAGAGAAGCUUACAACAAAACAAUAGAGAAUGUAGAAAAGGAAGCUGGGCUAACAAACAGCCGGAACUUUUUCAAUCAAAAUAACAAGGCCCCGGGUGAGGACUCCAUUACGGCGGAAUGCAUAAAAUAUGGAGGGGAACAUCUAGAUACUGCCAUACUAGAGCUGUUGAAAAACAUAUGGAAAACAGAAGCCCUACCAAAGGAGUGGAAUGAGGGUACCAUCGUCCCCAUUCAUAAGAAAGGAGACCGGAUGGCCUGUAAAAACUAUAGAGGAAUAACCCUGCUAAAUAUAACAUACAAGGUUCUGUCAAAUGUACUAAGAGGACGCAUAUCCCCAUACGCAGAAGACAACUUAGGGGACUACCAAUGCGGGUUUCGACCCAAGAGAUCAACAACAGAUCAAAUAUUCACCAUAAGACAGCUCCUAGAGAAAAGCUGGGAGUUUAAAAGAGAGGUUCACCAACUGUUCGUAGAUUUCCGCCAAGCAUAUGAUAGCAUCACCAGGGAAAGUGUCUGGCAAGCGUUGGAAGGCAUAGGGGUACCAAAAAAGAUCAUAAGGCUAACCAAGAUAUGCAUAGAAAACUCUAAAGCCAAAGUUAGGGUAGGAAAGAACAACACCGAGGCAUUCUCCAUUAACAAUGGCCUAAAACAGGGCGAUGGACUUUCACCAUUGCUUUUCAACAUAGUGCUGGACAUGGCCAUCAAAGAAGCCAAUAUUGGCUUGGAAAUAUUUACAAAUAAGGGCCCAGAAAUGAUUUUGGCAUAUGCCGAUGACAUUGAUACGGUAGAAAGCAGUACGAUUAAAACAAUAGAAAUGUUCAUGAACAUAGAGAAGGAGACCAAGAAGGUAGGACUCAUGAUCAACGAGGACAAGACCAAAUAUAUGUGGGCCGGACGGAGAGCAGGAAGGGGCAGAAUAGGACAGAACAUAACCAUGGACACCCACAAUUUUGAAUGCGUAAACCAAUUUCAGUACCUAGGAGCAGUUAUAACUUCGGAUGACGAUAUCACCAGCGAAAUAAAAGCAAGAAUACAAAAGGGCAAUAAAUGUUUUUUCGCCUUGCAGAACCUGUUUAAGUCCCGACUGAUAUCUAGGAACUCAAAACUACGGAUAUAUUCGGCAGUAAUCAAGCCAAUCGUAAUGUAUGGCUCGGAAACAUGGACAAUGACAAAGCAGAACGAACUAGUGUUAAGACGCUUUGAACGAAGGAUGUUGCGGAAAAUCUUUGGACCAACAAUAGAUGAGAGAACAGGUCAAUAUCGAAUAAGAACGAAUGCGGAGCUUAACGACAUGUACAAAAGACCGAGUUUGGUAAACGAAAUAAAAGCACAAAGGCUCAGGAUAUGGGAAGAAAAUCCAGCAGGAAAGAGACCCUUAGGAAGACCAAGGCUCAGAUGGAGGGACAAUAUCGAAGAGGAUGUAAAAAUCUUAGGAGUACGGAACUGGAAGGAGGUUGUGUUGGACAGGGACAGAUGGAGACGAGUCGUAGAUGCAGCUAAGACCCACGAAGGGUUGUGA